GGAGUUGUCUGCACCAGCGAACCCGGCGAGGACCACAGCCUCCCGCAGCAGCCAAGACCAUAGCCUGCCAAGCACCAAGAAUGAAGACCCUCGCUGCCCUCCUCUCGCUUGUGGCUGUUGCCGCCUUCCGCCCUCAUCCCGUGUCGGUGCAUGAGCGUUCGCCUCUCAGAUCCCGGUUCCGCACUCUGCCUCGCACCCUGACGACGCGUAUGCAGCUGGCGCCCCUGCAGGGGCUGGCGGAGGUGUCCACCGCGGACCUCAAGAUGAGGCUGCUGCAACUCGCAGCCUCGACCGACAGAGGCCAACAGGUGCGGAUGCACACUGACUGAUGCACACACGUGAUUCGUGGGCUGAUGAUCUCUUUAUCUGCCGUCACGCUGUGCCUCGCGCUGUCUGCUGUUGUGUGCUGUCGGCUGGUCACGUUGCAGGCGACAAAGCGGCAGAAGGAGCAGAUCAGCAAUGUGGUGGAUGAUCUGAGCAGCCGAGGUCCGUUUGACUGCUCACCCGGCAUGCUGAACGGCAGCUGGGUGCUGGUGUACGCGUCGGCGCAGCUGUUCCGCAGCAGCCCGUUCUUCCUCUCUAUCCAGGCCUCGUACGACGACUCCAAGAAGGCCUCACUCUUCUUCAAAUUGCACGAACUGCAGACGAGAUCAUGGGGAUUUAGGUACGCACACACACGGACACAUAUCAUGAUGGUAGGCAUCCAGUCAGUCCUUUCUGUGUGUGUGUGUGACGCAGUGAGAUUGCCCAGGUGGGCCAGACUUUGCUCUUCCCCGAGGCAAACAGCACCGACGGCCGGCUGCGGAGCGAUUUUAACAUCAAGGUGCUCCCCAGCACUGUCGUGCCUCUCGUCGGAUGGUGGAAGGUACAAAGCACACACGCACGCACACACGCAUGCGCACACAGCAGAUGGAUCCAUGCGGCUGAUUGUGCUGUAUGCUAUCACGUUUUCUUCAUUCAAUGUGCACAGCUGCUGCCGACGUUCGGUGGCAACGUGCGGUCCAUAGCCAACGCCAGCAUCUCGGGAGACGCCAACCAGCACCUAGACCUCACCGUCGACCUCACCAAGGUCAAGGCCAGCGAGGACCUCCCUCUCAUGCCGCUGCUGGGGCAGUUCCUGGCCGAGCAGACGGGCAUCCGUGUGUCGAAUGUGUGGAAGCGGCUGAGAGGCAGCGUGCCGACUGCACGUGUGACGCACGUGUUCGUCGACUCGGGAAUGAGGAUCGCCAAGGACAGCCAGGGGGAGGUGUUCGUCUACGUGCGGGAUGUCGACGACGACUUUGAUGACCUCGGUGCCACUGCGGGGGUGGGUGACGACCUCGAUGAGCGAGAGAUCCCGAUUGAGGGCAAUGGGGAGGAGCUGACCGUCCCGAUAGAAGGAGAGGGAGACGUCAAGGAGGCGGAGGAGAAGAAGGCAGUACAGUCGGCUUAGGAAGGAACUAGGAAGGGAGGUGUCUGAUGGGCAGUUUUGUGUCGGGUGUUGCGCCCUCUCUCGCUGACUCCUCCAUCCUUUAUGUGUGUGUGUGUAUGCGUGUGUAGUCACUAUUCCCUCACUGCGUAGCCCAGCCCCCCCAUCCUACCUAUCUCCCUGCCUCUCUCCUGUCUCCCUGUCUGAUGCACGGUCCAUAAUUACGCCAUACAUAGGGGGGGGGGGGUGUGUGUGUGUGUUGGAGUUUUUGGUCUGUUCUUGUCGAUAGUGGGUGAGUGAUGCGACAGACAUUGGCGACACAGAUGCAUGGCAUCGACGAGUCCACUUAACAGCCAUCACGGAG